AUGUCUUCAGAAGACUUACAAUUACUCAGGAAUAGAAUUAAAGAUGAAUACAACAAGCUAUUCGAGGUAAAAGAUAAUGUGAAUAAUUACCUAAUUCAUCCUGUUUUCAACACUCUUCCACCGAAGAAGAAUUAUCCCGAUUACUAUACAAUCAUUAGAAAUCCAGUGUCACUGAAUACUUUAAAGAAGAGGAUACCUCAUUAUAUUGAUAUUAUGGAAUACGUGAAAGAUGUGGCUUUUUUGCCAUGGAAUGCAAAGACGUACAAUGCCAAAGGUUCCCCUAUAUACAAUGUUGCAAACGUUUUAGAAAAAUAUCUUAGAGAAGAAUCAAUUCCUAGAUUACAAACAUAUUAUCCACAAGUAACAUACCCCAAUUUGGGGCCACUACCUGAGGAAAUGAUGCCAGUGGAAAGAAAGCCUGUUAUAAAAAUGACUGAAAAGCCCGUUACGUUAAAUCAAUCUCCCCUACAAACAAAGAUAACAAUACAAGAGCCAACGAUGAAGAGAACUUUUACACCAUUAUCAUCUAAUUCAGUUACGCCACAACCAAAACCUAUUAACUUAAGUGCAAGUCAACAUCAUAUUAGUAGCGUGAGCAAUGCCGCUAACAUAAAGAAAACUUAUAUCAGACGUGGGAGGCCACCCAUUAUUGAUUUACCAUAUGUUCAGCGGAUUAAGAACGUACUAAAAAAUUUAAAAAAAGAAAUGGAUAGCAACGGUAAAAAUCUAAUGUCAAUAUUCGAUAAGAAAAACUUGAAUAAUCCAAGUACCGAUAUAUUAACUAUGGAUGACAUUUGGAGAAAAAUAAAAACGAGAAAGUAUAAAACUUUUAUUCAGUUCCAGGACGAUUUCAAUCUGAUGCUUUUAAACUUCAAAAGAAUCCUACCAAAUCAUGACAUUAUCGAUUUGAUUGAAAAAUCAUUCAAUGUUCUGGUAAAUUACGAAUUAUCUAGGCCAGACAAAGCAUAUAUUCCUGAAGGUGAAUUUAGACUCCCGCUUGAUGAAAUUGUAGCAAACAAUAAGACAUAUGUGGUGGGAGAUUGGGUAUUAUUAAAGAAUCCAAAUGACCCUAGUAAACCUGUGGUAGGCCAAAUUUUCAGAAUAUGGAGCACUUCAGACAACCAAAAAUGGCUGAAUGCUUGUUGGUACUUUAGACCCGAACAGACUGUCCACAGGGUGGACAGAAUUUUCUAUAAAAAUGAAGUGAUGAAGACAGGUCAAUAUAGAGAUCAUCUAAUUGACGAUAUUAUUGACAAAUGUUAUGUCAUUCAUUUUACAAGAUUUCAAAGAGGUGAUCCAGUCUUGAAAGAUGAUGUCACAGGGCCCCUAUUUGUCUGCGAAUUUCGUUAUAAUGAAAAUGAUAAAGUUUUUAACAAAAUUAGAACCUGGAAAGCAUGUUUACCAGAAGAAAUUCGUGGUAUGGAAGAUGACAGUAUCCCCGUGAAUGGUAGAAAAUUUUUCAAAUAUCCAUCGCCCAUAAAGAAUCUCUUGCCUCCAAAUGCCUCAAUCAAUGAUCCAAUUCCAGAUGUACAUAUUGGUGAGCCCAAUGCUCCACCAUUGGUUGGAGCAGUAUAUGUCAGACCGAAAUUAACCAAAGAUGACCUUGGUGAAUAUUCUACUUCAGAUGAAUGUCCUCGUUAUAUAAUUAGGCCUAACGACGCGCAGGAAGAUGGUGUAAUCGACUAUAAUACUGGAACAAUUAUUGUAAGUCAAAAUAUGACCCCGCAGCCCUCAUCCGCGCAUAUGCCAGUCUUACAUACUAAGACAUCUAAUGUUUCUGGUACAAAUAUACCGUCAAUGAGGUAUAGCUCGAAUAAUAGAUCUUCUUCAAUCGUGAAGCCAAUUAAACCUAACGAUAUUAAGGCAAGGUUGGGUUCUACCUUAUCAACAACUAAACUAAAUCAGAUAAUAGUUAAUAAAGAAGCGCCAACUAAUGAAUCUUUGACGCUAUUACUAAACGAUUUAUCUUCGAAAAGUAAUCUGACACAUGUUGUUGUAGAUUCACCAGGAGCCUAUCUUGCUCCGUUGUCAAUCAAAAUCAAUGAAAAGACGGUGGAGCUAGCCGAUCACAGUAAUCAAGCGAGAUAUUUUAAUAAGGAAGAUUUGAAUGUAAGGAAAAAGAAUAAAAUUCAUGAAAUACUAUGGUUUAGAGGCUCUAGUGUUGAUGUUACUGAAAGAUUGAUUAAUUUAGGUGGUGAAGCUUUGCAAGUUCCUCUCAACAGAUGGACUUUGUUGGCCAAUAAGCGUGAAUUGCCCAAUUUGGAUUAUGAAGAGAUAGAAGAAGAGGGUGUUGAUUCAGAAAAUGAUGACGAGGAAGAUCAUUACUCUGAGGAUUCAGAAAAUGAAGAUGAAUCAAAGAAUAUACCAGGCCCGUUCGUGUUUGGUCCAAGGCCGUCUGCAAAGUUUAUGUCAUAUAAACUUGGCCAAAAUAAAGACUUCUCUCUUUAG